AGCAGGAGAGUUCUUCCGUGACCGUCCCCCUUCUCUAUAGCCAUGAGAGCAAAAAAGAAGCUGCAGAUCAAAGAAGCCUUUCAGCUAGCCCAGAAGCCUCACCAGAACCGCGCGAAGCUUGUUCUGGCUUUGAAGAGUACCUAUGACCAGUUGAGUGAUAAGGAAGAUUUUCAUGAAAAAUUCAUUCAUUUCCUUAAGUAUGCUAUGAUAAUCUACAGACGGGAACCUGCUGUGGAACAAGUGAUCGAUUUUGCGGCUAGAUUUGUUACUUCAUUUUGUCAAAUGGAGAAAGAGGAUGGUAGUGAGGCAGGAGAAGAGGAUAAUUUGCUUCUGAACUAUGUGUUUAACUUUCUGCUUGAGUCUCACAAUGCGAACAGUCAUGCAGUUCGGUUUCGAGCAUGUCAGCUUGUUAAUAAGAUUUUGGGAAACAUGCCAGAGAAUGCCCAAAUUGAUGAUGACUUAUUUGAUAAAAUUAAUGAAGCUAUGCUGGUUAGACUUAAAGAUAAAUUUUCAAAUGUGAGAAUUCAAGCUGUUUUGGCCCUGUCGAGACUUCAAGAUCCUAAGGAUGAAAACUGUCCUGUUGUUAAUAUUUACAGCACAUUGCUUGAAAAUGAUUCAAAUUCAGAAGUGAGGCGUGCAGUGCUCUCCUGUAUUGCUCCAUCAGCAAGGACUUUGCCUAUAAUUGUAAGCCGCACGAUGGAUGUAAAGGAAGCUGUCAGGAAGCUGGCGUAUGAGGUUUUGGCAGAAAAAGUUCAUAUGAGAGCUUUGUCAAUAGCACAGAGAGUAAAAUUGUUGCAACAAGGACUUAAUGACAGAUCUGAUGCUGUUAAGGAGGUAAUAAAGAAGAAGCUACUUCAAGCCUGGUUACAAAUGACUGAGGGGGAUGUUUUGGAAUUCCUUCAUCGACUGGAUGUGGAAAACUGCCCAGAAGUGGCCACCCCAGUACUAAAUGCUAUGUUUUCAUUAUCCCCACUUGCUAACUUUGUUCAUAACUGUAAAAACCUUGACAGCAGAAAACUGAUUCCACUGGAAGACUUAACAGCUGAGAAUGUGGUAUAUUGGAGAUGUCUUUGCGAAUAUUUAAAAUCAAAAGGUGAAGAAGGUGAAGUUUUACUAGAACAGAUGUUGCCAGAACCAGCUAUAUAUGCAGAUUAUUUAUUAAGUUACCUUCAAAAUAUGCCAGUUCUUACUGAAGAACAAAGAGAAGACUUUGCUUGUUUUGAAAACCUGAUGACAAAAGAAUUUAUAGGCCAGCAACUGAUUCUUAUCAUAGGCUGCAUGGAUACCACAGAAGAGGGAGGAAGAAAGCAUCUGUUGGUUACUUUACAAAAGAUCCUCAUUCUACCUGUGAUUUCAACAGCCCUUAUAUCUCCACUUACGGAAAGAUUACUCAGUAUUGUUAACGAUGAUGACAGAAGGAUUCAAAUUAUAGCAGAAAUUAUAUCAGAAGUUUGUGAGCCGAUUGUUACAGCUGAGCAGCCUGAUGCUACUGAAAUUAGAAAGCGGGAGCUCAAGUUGGCUGAAAUAAAAGUGAAACUUUUUGAGGCAAAAGCAGCUUUGGAAGAAUGCGUUACUCUGCAGGAUUUCAGUAAAGCAUCAGUGUUAAAAGAGAAAAUAACUGAGUUGGAACACAUUAAAAAGGAUCUGAUAAAAGAAGUAGAGCAACCCGAAAUUAAAGAAAUGCAUGUGGAGAAGGAUGAUCCUGAAACACUGUUGAAGUGCCUGACGAUGUGCUAUGAGCUUCUGAAGAUCAUGUCCUUCUCUAAAGGAAUUGGUCCAACCAUUAAUGAAAUCAUCAAAUCUCUGAUACUUCCUGGCAUAACUAAUGUCCAUCCAGCUGUGAGAAAUAUGGCAGUUCUGUGUUUGGGGUGCUGUGCCCUUCAGAAGAAAGAGUUUGCUCGACAACAGCUUGCCUUGCUGUUACAGGUUUUACAAGUAGAUGAUCUAAAGGUAAAACUCAGUGCUUUAAAGGCAAUCUUUGACCAACUUAUGCUGUUUGGGAUUGAGCCAUUUAAAGCCAGAAGAGGUGAUGACUCUCAAAGUGAAGAUGGACACACUAGAACUGAAAAUUGUGAGGAAGAAAGUAAAAAAAUAGAGGAGGAGGAAGAGACUACUGUAGUUCACCACCUCCUGCAGCUUCUUUCUGGUUUCUUAGACAGUGAGCUCUUUCUUCAGUUUCCAGAACUUAGGACAGAUGCUGCAGAAGGCAUAGCCAAACUGAUGUUCUCUGGGAGGCUGAUCAGUGCCAAGCUGCUUUCUCGUCUUAUCUUGUUGUGGUAUAAUCCUGUGACUGAAGACGAUACUCGGCUUAGACACUGUCUAGGAGUUUUCUUCCCUUUAUUUGCUUAUGCAAAUAGGUCUAACCAGGAAUGCUUUGGAGAAGCUUAUUUUCCAACUCUGAAAACACUGUUAAAUGCUCCUGCAACUUCACCUUUGUCUGAAAUAGAUGUCAGUAAUGUUUCUGAACUGUUAGUGGACCUGACCAGACCAAGUGAACUGAAACAUCAGUCUAAAAAGUCUCAGGACUAUGAGGACUUAACAGUGCAUGAUAGUUUAGCAGUGAAAAUUUGUAAUGAAAUCUUGAGGGACCCAACAGCACCAGACAUUCGUAUUUAUGUAAAAGCUUUAAAUUCGCUGGAACUCAGCGGUUCUUCCACAGAGAAUCUUCUGGUUUUGAUCAACGAGAUUCUACAGGAAGUGAAAGAUAAACUGUGUCAAAGAGCUAUUGAGAAGUUCAAGAUGAACUUGACAAAAGAUCCUAACGUGGGCAAAGAGCACACUGAAAUGACUGAGGAAACAGGCCUCUCUGAAAGGGCACAGGAAAUGGAGACCACAUUAUCUGAAAAUACUCUUCAAAAUGAAGAAGAUAAUAACAAAGAUGCUCUUCAUACUCCAGUUACUGAUGUUCAAAGUAAAGCAACUGCGAAACAGAAAUCCACAAGAAACAAAACUGGGAAAGGACAACGAAAAGCAUCAUCAGAAGUGAGGUCCAUGAGCAGAAGGAAAACUGGUACAAACACUGAUACAACUGCAAAAUGUGACAGUGAAAGGUAAAUUCUCUUCUCUCCACUCUCACCCCUCUGGUGUCUGUCCUAGCAAGGACAUUUAAUUCAAAUGUUUUUCUUUUCCCAAACCUGUAUCUUUAACGUCCUCUAUUCCUCAUGCACAGAUAAAUAUUUAAGAAAAUAAGAAAGUUCCCUUUGAACUGGUACUUUUGAAACAGCAGCAGGUUUGACAGCUUCACAUUUUAUUAUCAUUGCUAAGAGCCUGGAGUUCUUUUUUUCUCUUUUAACAUAGCUGUUGUGUGCAACAGUAACACAUUCCAGCUGGCGAAAAUCAGAUGUUUGGCUUGCAUUAUUGCUCUUCUUCCAGUCACUUUUUCUGCUCCUUUUUAAUAACUGUUCUGUGGAGGAAUCAAAUUUUUCAUUUAAAUUCUCUCUCCCCCUCCCCCCCCCCCCCUUUUUUUCUUGUUUUUCAAGAUGUAGUCAAUAAGCUUCUAGAAAUGACUGAUGGGUGAAUAUACCCAAUGCGUUGUGAUCUUGUAGGAUAUAGGCAUUAAAACAACAUCAUCUUCAUAAUUUUCAGCUGUGCUCACUGUUUCACAAGAAAGUAUUCCUUGGACUUUGGUGUGACCAGGGCCAGUCAUUCCCAUUUGCCUGCUCCUGUGUCUACUUUGACACCAUCAGAUCUUUUGCAAGUUUUGCUUAUUUUGCAGCUGCUGACACAUGGUUAAUGAUACUGCUGAUUCUUCUCAGAAAAUAGCUUAUAAUUAGUACAAAGUACUUUUGCUCUCUAAGACAUUGCUUCAAGUUUGUAAAUGUAAAUCCUUUUGUGUCUGCUUAGUCUUUUUGGCCUUACUUUAAAAUAUUUUAUGUUUUAGUGGUGAUGAGAUUCCAGAAUCUGUCCCAGUGUCCAGUUCAAGGCCUUCAAGACGAGCAAAAACAGUGGCACUUGAAAAAACAAGAAUGAAUCUUUCAAGACUUUUGAGUAGGGAAGCAGAUCAGUGAAGACAAAAGAAGAGAAAGUGGCCUUUGCUAAUGGUGGUAGUUGACAUCAGUCUUAAAACAUAAUAUUUAGUUUGUUGUUAGCCAUAUUUGACGUUUUAUACUAUGAUCUUUUAUAAUUCUAGAACUUUCUAUGACAUUUUACAUUCUUUUCAUAUAGAUGCAUUUGAUUUUUCCUGAUACGAAGUCCAUCAUUCAUGUAAUAAAAUCAUAUUAAAAUAU